AUGAUCCUUUACCGGCAAUUCCUCGUAAACAGUUCCAAGGUUUACAUGGACCCUUAGGCGGCUUGUGCACAGAUUGUCAGAUCAAAUAGACCCAUAAUUUAUUGAAUCUAACAUCAAUCCAUUUGAACUGUCUUUCAUUAUGUACUUAGGUACCUAGAUACCUUAGUACCUGGCAGGAACCGCUUGGUUGGUGAUCUCAGCUUGCAUUUGACCCUUCCUAAACUUGACCUUCCGCUGCCUACCUAUGCCUAUGCCUAUGCAUGUACUAUUUUUCUCAAAUCUACAUAAAUAACUACCAAUACAGCCUGAUCCUCCUCUCAUGCUCCAACCUUUAUAUUAAACUGACCGAUAUGACGAAUGUUUUUAAAACAAAUCGACCUUACCACUGCCCUCAGGCCAUCCUAUCUUCCAGACGAAGUCCUUCUCUUCGUCCAGGACAACGUGGGGCUCUAUGAGGGAAAAUACAAAUUGCCAAACCAACAAAAUGGACAAGUCUAUUUAACAUCGCAUCGAAUAUGUUACGUCGAUAAACAGGAGCCUAGGAAGCACUCUGUCGCUCUAGAUCUGAAGGAUGUAGAGAAGAUCGAACAGCAUGCAGGAUUUUUUAAAUCUUCACCGAAAGUAGUUCUUACUCCCAAGCCAGCCAAACGAGGCUCGCUUCAGUCUAGAGCGGCCGCAGCAACAUCGACAGCUUCCCGCAGUAGUAACGCAUCCCCUUUGCCAGCUUCCGACUCCCAAUUCCGAUCCCCCUCGGCUGGUGCACCACAACCUAGCUCCGCAACGUGGAUCUGUACAAUAUGUAGCUUUCCGAAUCCCGUUCCGUCCAACUUCGAUCCGACGACCGCCAACGCGCAUACACCCUUGCCACCAUGUCUGGCUUGUGGUAUCAAGCCGGCUUUAACGCACAUACUCAAGGCCUCUAUAUCGAGUGUUACUAGCAGACAGGUGACAUCCAACUCUACGCCUCAGUCGCCGUUCCCAUUGCCUUCUCGGCCACAGAGUAUAGGUCUGGCGCCGGAUGAUACAAGGGGGUUAGAAACGAGUCCUGCAUCGCGAGAAGCAACAACAAAUCCGGCGAGUUCGGAUGGAUUUCAAUGUCCCCGCUGUACCUUCUUGAAUCACCCCUCUCUGCUUUCCUGUGAAAUGUGUGGUGCGCCUUUGAUAUCUCAUGAUGUCCCCAUGACAGUGGCACACAGCCAACCGAGGACAGACUCGCCAGGACCUACGCUCAAUGUAGCUAGCGUUGUGGGCUUAGAGAACCCUGAGUGUGUCAAGGUAUCUUUUCGGGGUGGAGGCGACAAGAUAUUCUUUGAACGACUGAAGAGUUCCAUGACUCAGCGCAAAUGGCUCUUGCAGGAGGCCCCUCCAAUUCCAAACGGUAGUAGCAAUCUUGUGCGUGCGGACUCUUCGUCAAAUUCAGGGCCAGGGCCAGGUCGAAUUAAGACUGCUGGUAUUGCUGGUCUAGAGCAAAUGGGUCUAGAUAGACGCAAGAACAACGAACUCGUGAUCGGGAGCGCUUUCGAGGAUCUUGAGGCCUUGAUGACCUCUGCCAAAGAAAUUGUAGCGCUUGCAGAGUCGUUCGCUCGACAGGCCAAUAGUGGUACCGAAAAGGAGACUUCGGAAGCGAACGCCUUGCUCGCCGAGUCUGCUAGUCAGCUUGGGCUCGUCACUACUAAGGACAUUGUCGGUGGUGGAAGUAGCAGUGGUUCGGAAUCACUCUACUUGUCCGAGCUAUCUAGAAACCUUGCAGAGUUCUUGACUGACGAUGCCAGGGGCGUGCUCAAGAAGGCUGGUGGCAUUAUUAGCUUAGUCGACCUGUGGGCUAUGUUCAAUCGCGCUCGUGGUGGUGUUGAACUUGUAAGCCCCAACGACUUCGAGAAGGCAGCACGUCUCUGGAGAAAAUUAAGAUUACCAGUUCGGUUGCGAACAUUUAAGAGCGGUGUGAUGGUCGUGCAAAGUCGCGAUCGAACAGACGGGACUACAAUUAAAGCAUUGCUAUCCUGGCUUCGAGAUUUGCAUGAUAUUCCACCAGAUAAAGAUGUUCCUUGGGAUUGGCAAGAGUUUGGCCGAGGUGUCACUGCGCAAGACGCAGCUGAGCGAUUUGGAUGGAGUAUCGGUGUAGCUGAAGAAGAGCUCGAGAUGGCAGAAGAGAAAGGCGUCCUCUGUCGUGAGGAAGGUAUCGAAGGGCUCAAGUUCUGGGAGAACUAUAUCGAUACAGGGGAAUACCGAAAUAGGCCCCGGAAAACCACAGACGGUGAUAAAAUCAUCAAGGCCUUAAGUGAGGCUGGUUUCUUAUAGAGUACACGCAAUAUAAAUGCCAUCGAACGUCU